AUGGCUCCUGUUGCUACCGACGCGAACGCUACCACCAACGGCACCGCCGCGGCGACCGGCCCCGUCAAGGCCGCCAAGGCCGCGGCCGCCAACGUCUCCCAGCAGCUCUUCAACCCGUUCUACUCCCCGGACGUCGGCGAUGCGGACGAUAGCGACUACCAGUACGCGAAGUACAAGCCGUCGUGGCCGGACGUCAAGUGGGAGCCUCUGGGCGAGAUCGCGGUGACGGAUCGCGGCCAGUUCGCGGAUCCCGAGAAGAAGGCGCUGCUUUCCGCGGCGACCAAGGUCGAGCACCUGACGCCCGCCAUCGGGACCGAGAUCCUGGGCAUCGACCUGCGCCAGCUCUCGGACGCGCAGAAGGACGAGCUGUCAUUGCUGAUUGCGGAGCGCGGCGUUGUGUUCUUCCGCGACCAGGAAAUCAGCAUCCAGGAGCAGCUCCAGCUCGCCCGCCACUUUGGGCCCCUGCACAAGCACGCUACCACCCCCGUCCCUAGGGAGGCCGGCCUUGAGGAAGUGCACGUCGUGUACAACGACGGCUCGCGUCGGCCCGACCCCAGCGCGUUCUCCAAGCUCGAGCUCUGGCACUCCGACGUUUCGUACGAGCUCCAGCCCCCCAGCACGACCUCGCUCAAGGUCAUCACCGGCCCUCCCUACGGCGGUGACACCCUCUGGAGCUCCGGCUACGCCCUCUACUCGUCCUUCAGCCCCGGCUUCCAGAAGUACCUCGAAGGCCUGAAGGCCGUGCACAGCGCGGUCGCGCAGGCGGACGGUGCGCGGGCGGCAGGCAAGACCGUUAGGCGCGAGCCCGUCGAGUCCGUGCACCCCAUCGUGCGCGUGCACCCCGUUACGGGCUGGAAGAGCAUCUACGUCAACCCCGGCUUCACCCGCCGGAUCGUGGGCGUGCCCAAGGCGGAGAGCGACGCCAUCCUCGAGCUGCUCUUCCGCCAGAUCGCCGAGAACCCCGACUACCAGGUGCGCUUCCGCUGGCAGCCCAACUCGGUCGCCAUCUGGGACAACAGGAUCGUGACGCACUCCGCGACGUUCGACUUCUGGCCGCACACGCGCCACGCCCUUCGCGCCACCCCACACGGCGAGCGCCCGACCUCGGUCGCGGACUACGAGCGCGCGACGGGCAAGGCCGCCAAGGACCGCCAGCUCGAGAUCUGGGAGAAGGAGGGCCUCCCGCUCCCGAAGACGGACACCACCGUCUCGCGCGGGUACACCGACUGAGCGUACGCGUUGGGCCAGGGGGAAAACCUCGGCGGCCGUGCGGCUGUGGCAUGGGAACUUGCAUGGGCGUUCCUGGCGAGGGCGCGGCAGCCUGGGGGCGCGCGGGGGUUGGGCUCCGCGAGAGCCUGAGCACGGCCGCGGGCGCGCGGCGAAGAAAGCUUGAUAGCACGGAUGUAUACACCAG